AUGUCCCUCGAUCAGCUAAGCCACGCCCUCGUGUAUCGCGAGAUUUGGCGCCUUAUCCUCGUCAGCCAUCGUGCUCGGCCUCGGGGCUACAUUUAUUCAAAACAGAGCAUCCAGUACGGAGUUCCUGAUAUACAUAGAGGUUCUGUCGGCUCUGACCGUCGUGGGAUCGAUGGUACCGCCGUACCCAAACUUCGCGGAGGCAUCCGUAUUGUUGAUGCUAAAUUCGAUAUCCGCUCCCUCAAAAAUCGCCUGCUCAACGUUGAGGCACGGAGUCAAGAACAAGAAGUAAAAGGAGAAUAUCGAGAAGAAAGGAAAAAGGAAGGAUUGCAUGAAACGGUGGAAAAGGUGCCUUCAGGCGAAAAGCGAAAGAAGACGAAGAAAGUGAGGGGUUUUGGAAACUCUCACAUUGCCUCGCACUUUGUCUGCUCUUGCAUUAUUGGAGUCGUGCUCUUGACCGUGGGGCUCCUGGUCUUAUUCAUAUGGGGCGUUCCAGCAUUUGGAAGAUAUCUCAUAUAUAGAACCCCGAUUCCUGACUAUAACGUCACCCUGACAAAUCCAACCAACGAUAACAUAUCCUUUAAGAUAUCUACCAAUAUUCGAGUCCCGGAUAGCUUGAAAAUUUCUGUCGAUCCAAUGCAUGCAGAUUUCUUCAUCCAAGACAGAAUGUCUUUUACAAUUCCAGUUGUGACAGUCGAUCUCCCCAAAAUGUCGUUUCGCUCGAAUGAGCGAAUCGAGAUUGAAAACGAAACGUUGAAAUUGGGGAAUAUGAAUGAAUUUGCAAGGCUGGCCGAACAAGUCGCGUAUCAGCCGGCUUUCAGGAUGGUGGGUCGAGCACGUGCAAAAAUAUGCAUUCCUCCGAUCCAAGCAAUCUGGGUAGAUAUCAAUGGGACUGUUGAAUUGCCAGCCAGAAUAGUCAUGGUCAACCCGACCCCAAUUUACUUAACUCUGGGUGAUAUAACUGUUCGGAUAUUGGUUGGCAAUAUCCAGGUAGGGAGGGUUAUCGUGGCCCUCAAUGAAAUCGUACCUGGCAACAAUACCCUUCUCGUCAAGGGAAACCUAGAUUCUGGGACCAUCCAAAAGAAUAUCAUCGCUAUAUUAAAAACGGAGCUACCAUAUUUGAAGCAGGGAUUGUUAAUGGCGUCUGCGGUAGUCGAAUCAAUGGUGUCUCAGGGGCAGCGUCUGAGCUAUUGGGAAAACUCGUUUCAAUCAAUCAAGAUGUCCGCCACAACACCUGUGAAGCCUCUUUUUAGCAGUGUCAUUGGCAACCAUUUUGAAUCAUCAGAGCCAGCACCCGUGGAGUUGCCAGACACUGGCGGGGUUGGCGGGGAUAUAAUCGCAAGCCUCGCGGAUAAGGUUCUCAAGACCAUGAAUAAUGGCCUCUCUGUGGGCGAGCAUCUCAAUUUGUGGAAUGGAAGGGGAGAGCUUCCCAACCAGUUGACCGAGGUCUUCCUCCUCAAGUUCCCAACAGCCAUGAUGGCAACCUUGCGCCAUAUCGCGCAACAGCCUGCUGCGUACAGAUCGAAGCUAAUCGCGGGGCUUCUGUCUGCUCGCGCCGGAUCUUGGCGGUGGGAUUUGGGUUCAGCCCGGUUGUUUCCAGGAGGCUCAAGGAAACGUUCGGUUCUUCCAGGGGCUGUCGCUGGUGGGAACUUGUUCAACGUCCGUCCCCGUAUGCUCCAAGCCACUGAGGUCUCGAACAAUCUAGCUUGGCUGUGGAUAAUAACGAAGACUUCCGUGCCUGCGAUACCUGGGGCUUUUGGAUUUCUCUCGCGAGUCGUGACGCGGGAAGAAGUCAGAAAAGAAAAGGGAACAUCCUAUACGUGGCAGAGCCAGCUCAUGGAUACGAUUGUUCACCAAUUCCCGCCAUCAAGCCGGUCAGCAAACGCCGUGUUAAUUGGCGGAGAGCGAGAGCCACCGAGCGAUGUCUCAGCCUCGCUUCAACCACUGGAGGGAACAGAGGUGGAGGAGCAAACUCUGUCCUCUCGUCAACAACAUCCUUGCAUGAGGAGAUGUGGGCCGAUUGCUGGUCGCACAACAAUUGCUGUCGGAUGCAUUCGAGAUUAUUAUUUUCCACGGACAACAAGAAUUGAGUACCGAUGGGUUGAUGGCAGCAGCAAAACUCCAUGGAGCUGGCACAUUAUCAGAGACUCAGGAUGUUCUCUCUCUUUUCCAAUGUCUACUGCAAACUUCGGCUAUUUCCAUCUUGACUCAUUGAUCUGGACGACUGGAUUCUGGGCCUCUUUUGGUGAAGGAACAUUCGCCAAAUUGCAUGAUGCUGGGGAAGGUGGGUUUCUCGACCCAGUCCUGGAACGCCGCGAAGCUUUGACAAGCAACUAG